GUCUCUCUCUUUAAAAUUUUCGAAGUUUACUGAAGGAUGAAAGGGACAAAUUAAUAACUGCGUCGGGUGCUUGGCAACUGCCAGAGCCACGUCUGUUAACUUCAAACAAUUUUCUUAUAUUAUUUUUUAUUACAUUGGUCAAAUGCAUAUUCAUGAGGAUUACAUGUAUUCAAACAUAUUCCUUUGACUUUGCAUGUUCUGGGAAUUCUUUUCGCUUGCUUCGACCCUUGACCCAUCUUAAGGUACAUGCCAAACUGCACUUUCAAUUCAAGUAUUUUAUUUCCACACAAGCCCACCCGUUCUGUUACUGACCAUUACUGAUAGCCAAAUGAACAGUGGUAAUAUUCUCCUUGCUUUCUUUCUUUCGAUAUUUAUUUACCUGGUUCUUUUCUAGGUUUUCUUAUCCUACAGAAAAGAUAUCUGUAAGAUAGUACAAGUACAUUAAAUCAACAUUAGCUAUUUCAGAAAAUUAUCUUAGUUAUUCACAGCAUUGUGAUACACAAUCUUAGAAAUUAAAAGCAUUAACUUCUGCAACAGUUAAUGUUAUAAUGCACAGUAAUACUCUGCAUUUUAAUAUUUUGUGAGAGCCUAACCUAUAAUACAAUUAUCACAUUAAAAUAUAUAAUCUACACAGGGAUUAGGGUAUUAACCAUAAAAGGCUGACAAAUUAUACUCUAUCAAAAGCAUUUAAAAAUGAUUACAAAGUAUACUACGUCAAAAUAAUUGGCAAAAGCCAAUAUAAUAGCGAAAGCCAAUGACUACAUUAUUAUUCAUAAACUAAGUUUUCCACUAACCUACACAACUCCAACUUAGGUGAGAUGUAAAAUUGUGUCAUUUCCGAAAAGCAGCUUCCUUUCCUCUCCUUUUCACCCCCAGAUCCAGAAAUAAGAAAACAUGGAUGAGGUUGUGGAGACCCUAAGAAAGAUCGAGCAGAACUACAAACUCUUCCAGCAGCAGCAGUUCUCAUUUAUCAGAGCACUGGAACACACCCGGGAGGAAGCCCACGACUCCUUCAGACCUGUGUCAUCCAUCGUCCAGGUACAGUGCUACAAGGACCACCACUGUUACAAUGCCACAGACAGGCGCAUCCUCAACAUGUUCAUCUCCAUCUGCAACGAUCUCCGCAACCUCUGCCAGAAGCUGGGAACGGUGCAUCCUGGGGACAGCGUGUCCAACGGCCUUGUGGAGAAGUGCAAAGUGCUCCUCAAUGACAGCAACGACUUCACAGCCAUCCGAGCCACCUACCCCCACGGUGUUGUGAACUACCUGAGCUGGGAAGAAGCCAGGAAUCGCUAUGGAGGGGUGGUGAGCCUCAUCCCCAUCGUUAUAGACACCAUGAGGGAGUGGAUAACAUACAUGAAGAGGCAUGUGGUGUAUAUUGUGAGUCCUGGAUGUGCCACGUCCAAGAAGGAGAUGUCCACUUCCCAAACACCUGCUGGGCACUUUGCAACUGAGACCUCCAUUAGUAACAAAAAUACUGUACAAUUGCAGGAAAAAGAUUUUCAGAAAUACCUGGCUGCAAAUCAACGUCCAAAACAAAAGGCUCCCUGGAGGCCACCAGGGAAACACCCCUAUUAAAGGAUCAAAGCUCCUGCAUCGUCUGCUCACCAACAUUAACAUCCUGGCUGAUUAAAUACAAUGAAAUGAACACUAGAGAUCUGUCCUGAAUCCUCUUUCUGCAGAGUUCCUUGCUGCCAGCCUGCCACAGAUGCAUUCUCUGUCCCUUGCUGCUGUUUCCACUCUGCUCCUCAUAUCCCCACAGAAGCAGCUGCAGCUCCAGCUGCUCCCUGGGGCCAGCAUUGCCGUGGGAGCAGGGAACACUCAGGACUCCUCAGAUUCUAAUCUCUCAGACAUGAAUCUUGGACAAGUUCUUUGAAGUAGGAUUUGACAUUUUCUCAGCCUUCUCUCUGAUGAACAUCCCCUCCCUGGCACAGCCAGCGGGGUGAAGAAGCUGCCUGGCUGAAGGAUGUGAUGCAGAGCAGCAAACACCUGGCAUUAUGAAUUCGGACAGGUGUUUGACGUUUACACUUCUCUCUAAAAUUCCCUCACCCACACAGAAAUGAUUUCGUUAGCUGGACCAAAGAAUCUCUGUUUACAGGACCCAUACCUUCCACUGACUACAGAGGCCAGUGUUCUUCAGCUGUGCUUUGCUGCAGCCUGCAGCAGCUCUUCACGCCAUGGAACAUCUCCCCUCACACCUGCUUGACUCCUGUGCUGUCAGAGCUGGAGAUGUAAAGGAGAACGGAGUUCAUUUUGCACGUAGUUUCUGUUUACUGACAAUAGCCAAAGGUGGAGAAAACACCCCUGUCUUCCUCAGACCUCUACAAAAUGAAAGCCAUUUCCAGACCAUAUGAUUCAUGGGUAUGUCGUGGGAGCAUCAUGUUCAGAUGGUUCCUGUUCAAAUUGCAGAUUAAAGUGCUUGUGCUUUCCCUGGUUCAAGGCAAGGUUAGCAUUAGGUUAGGCCAGAUGUCCCACCUAAGGGGACAUGAUGGCCCUGGGGCUCAAAAUACAGAGCAUGAGGUCAGCACAUGGUCAGAUCCUACAGCCCUUCCCAAGUAAGUGUCCUCCCUGUGUCUGAGUGCUCUUUUUCCCUUCCACAGCAAAUUACCUCGUGCUCUUUUCUUCCUGCUGAAGACAAUCCUGAAUAAACAAUUUCCCCUUGCAUACCAGGCCCAGUUUUCUGUGAGAAAGCUUUUGUCUUAAAUUCACCAGUUUUUUGUAAUAAGCAGCUAAAAACAGAAGGGAGAAUUAAUACAGAGGAAGGGCCAGAGGAAGGAAUGACAGCUCAGAUGAGAUGGAAAGUAUUUUCAGGAGCAUUUUUAUUCCUCACAUAACCCCACAUUGUUUUGCACUCCUUUCCCCUAUCCACUUGCACUGCAAUGCACCCACCCAGUCUGGAGCAGAGCCCUAUUUUUAGGGAGAUUUGAUCCAACUGAACUGAACCUUGGUGAACUCAAAAUCGUAACAGAGGGUCACAGAGCAACUCCCGGGCACUACUGGGGCCUCAGCCAGUGGAAUGUCACUGUCACCCUCUCUGGCUUCACUUGAGAUCCCUGGUGCAGAGGCAGCUUCAGGAUGAAAAGUCCAAAUUGUGGCAGCUGCCCCGUUGUGCAGACAAGUGUCCUGUUACAAUUGCUGUCUUGGAAAGCUGUUCAGGACAAGCUGUGAGGACUGAACGAUGACAAGUGGUGGGGACACAAGAGAUGCUAGUCCCAGAUCCUGUUUCCAACCUUCUUGGCCCUGUCCUAUGGUUUAAAUUUAAACCCACAGGCUGUGAGGAAACCAGAAUUAUUAUUAAGCUCCAGUUUGUGGCUCACUUUCAGCUUCUGGGGAUGAGCACAGCACAAAUGGUUUGUCAGACCAGUCCUACCACAGCCAGUCCACCACUGCUGCUCAAAACUCCAGUGCAGUUCUCAUUUUGCACUUGAACAAGGUGAUACACACAAAAAAAGUUGCCAAAUUUUAAUAAUAAGAUUCAUACACACAAGAAACAGUUCCCAAAUCUUAGUAGUAAUUUCUAGCCUAGCCCUAUCCUUUCAGUCAGUGUCAUGCAGCCAGCAUCUUAAGACCCAAGCAGAAAAAUGACUGCAUAAAACUUGCAGUCUGAGGUUUGAUAAUGACAAGACCAGAAUCUGUUGGAAGACUGCAAAGUUAAGUCUCAUAAAAACAUCCAGACAAAUUACUUAAUUUCCAUACAAGUUCUCCUCUUCCAGAGUGGAUGGACACUUCAAAAGACAAAAAGAUACAGCAAGAAUUGUUUUCCUCUACUACAAAUCAAGCUGUUUGAAGAAUUUACAUAAACAGGAUGUAAAUGCCAAACACAAAAGUGCAAUAAAGUUUUACUUCAGCCUCAGUGAGCAUAAAAUUGCAAGAUACACACUGAGAAACCAGGCAGGGCACCAGCCUGACUUUCCUACAGAUCUGUCAGUCCUGGAAAUAAAUGCUGCUUUUUUGCUCAAAGGCUGAAAUAGAGAUGUGGGUUGAUGAUAUCAACAGAAUCCUGGCAUUUGUAUGAAUUACCUCUGUGCUCCCUUGAUUCAGCUAAGGGUCAAACCAGGCUUUUGUCAAACUGAGGGACCUGAUGUAAUUGAAGGUGUCCCCACUCAUGGCAAGGGGUAGGACUGGAUGAGCUUUGAAGGUCCCUUCCAACCCAAACUAUUCUGUGAUAAACCAUUGUUGAUAAACCAUUCUGUAUGUUCAAUCUGUGAUUCCAGCCUCUCACCCACCGAGAGGACAGGACAUAGCUCAGCUCCCCAGGAGUUAAGAUGAAGUCAGGAAUGGAGGUGGGCUCUGGAAAGGAACCAGAAGGGACGAUUCAAGGCUGAAAGGAAACUCAGCAUCCCAGAGAUUCCGUGGAAGCUGAUGCAGAGCAACAGGAUGGGCUUGGCAGGGCCUCUAGCGGCCGCCUCAUAGCAGCAUCCAAACUUCUCACCAGCGACUUUUGUACAGUUCCAACAACUCUGCUGUCCCCCAGUCCUGAAUCUACAGGGGGUGUUUAACAUAGGUUACAGGUACCCAGCCCCUGGGAUACAGCCCAGGGCAGCUGGGGCUGCUCGCUCCCAUCCCCAGAGCUGUAAUUUCAGAAGAGCCAUCUGUUCCCUGUCACCACCACCCUGUUCCUCAGCUCCCCACAUCAUAAACACCUCGAGACAGGAGAGGUUUUCCUGGGAGUCCUGAAUUCCCCUGGUGGUGGUGCAGCACCAGGUUGAGCUUUCAGUCAACUGAGCAUCGAGCACAGCGAGCAGGGGCAGCUUUGCAGGAACCAGGAAUAGCAUCUGUCAGAAAGGAAAGAUCAGCCAGCCCAAAACUGGAGUGAAAAGACCUUCAGGAAAAAACGGGUCAGCCAAGUAAAGCCCACAGACACCAAAAUCAUGAUGAUUGUUAAGUCAAUUGUUUGGAACAGUCCUGUCUGGAAAGCAAAGCCCAUGAGAAUGGAACCAGGCUUCCUUUGCAGAGCGCCUGAAUACGAACGGAUGAGGCGACUCAACUCCUGCAAUUUCCUAUUUUGUAACCACUUUUAAAACUCACCAUUGUGCCAGCAGCUAAAUACUUCCAACAGAUCAGGAUCAAUCAGCAAAGAUACUUAAUUUCCUGAAUUUGAAGUAUUUCCUUCCCUAAUGUCUCCUGUGUGAUUAUCAGUUAUGGUUAUGAACUAACAAGUGCACUAGUUGCCAUUAGGAAGGAAGGCACUUAAUUUUUCUCUUUUUGUACCUCAGUAAUACACUUCUGUGGGUAAUUUUUAUCUAAAGAUUUUUCUGCACUGGCAAGUGCAGCUUUGCAAUGCCAAGCUUAAGGGAUGCCUUAUUUUGAACCCAUUCUGUGGAUGAGCAAGUUAAAUUCACUUUGUGCUUUGUUUUCAUUUUACUACCCCAUGCUGUAGAACUAGUUCCAGUGCAGGGGUUCAAACAACUUUCUGUGUCACUGAACUCCAAGAUGCUGCUUAUGGUAUUUUCUCUAUAAAAUUCUCCAUAAACAUGACUUGGCCAAAGCAUGUUCAUAAUGUAUCACUUGCACAACUUAGACCCUUGCCUGUGUUGCUCGUAUUUAAGAAUUCUACUCAGUCCUUAACUGGAAUGCUGAGGCUCAUGUAUGGAUUAAUAAACUGCUUUGAGCAAUCUUUCAAACAUUCAUUUAUUUCAAGAAGAGAAAAAAAAACCAAACCCACAAACAAAUAAAAACCAAUGAAAGACCAGAACCAGUGAGAAAGUGCCAGUCUGGGGAAAAAGCAAAACAAGAGAAUGUUACCUCACCAGGUUAGCUUAGAACAAAGUGGCCCCAAAAUUCCUUGUUGUCUGAGACAGUGUCCUCAUGUAUACACUGUAUGGAAGGGAAAAGCACAGACACAGCCAACUCCUGACAGCAUCCUCAGCUUUGCAAAUAAGGCUCUGACAUUUCCAGCUAUUAAUUUCUCUAAUCACUGUGCAGUCCUGGCCUGCAGGAGCAAGGACAUGCAGAAGCUCACCCACAGAUUUGCAGCACUGAACUGUUUGCAGCUCAUUUAUGGAUUAUACUGGCACUUUGUUGGUGAGUUUGUUUGUCAAAGAAUAAAAAAAAAGCUUUGUCUCCAUGCAGAAAAAU